AUGAAGUUCUCUCUUUCCCUUCUUCUAGCUGCUGCUAUCCCAGCAUCUGAUGCUCAGGAAGUCAUUCCCCUCCAUGGAUCCGGUACCACUAACCCCCAAAAGUGCUACUGGGACAUCAUGGACACCCUCAUGAAGCAAUCCAAGCUCCCCAUCCGCAUGACGUACCGUGGUGUUGGUUCUUCCACCGGUCAAGCGGAUUUCAUGGGUGAUGCUACUACCAUGCUACCCUUCAAUGACUUUGGAUCUGGAGAUAUCCCUUUCUCUCAGGAAGACUUUAACAAGUUCGACCCUGGAACCAUCCUUCAUUUGCCCGUUCUUAUGGGAGCGAUCAGUUUCUUCCACUCGGUCCCCACUGGAGACGCUGAAUUGAAGUUGAACCCAUGCCUUUUGGCCAGAAUCUUCAGCCGUGACAUCACCACCUGGGACCACCCAGAAAUCAUGGCAAUCAAUCAAGGAUUGGAGUUGCCUGCUGGCUACCCCAUUAAGGUUGCCCGUCGUGUCUUGGGAUCUUCUUCUACCAAAUCGAUCACCACCUACCUCCACCAAACCUGCGAUACUGAAUGGCCCAUUGAAAUGGUCGACAGUGUCGUCAACUGGGACAAUGAUACUUUGCCAUGCGAGGGAUCUGGCGGUAUGACUGAUUGUAUCCGUGCUAAUCCUGGAACCAUCGGAUACAUUGACAGUGGACACGGACACCUUGAAAACCUUCAAGAAAUUGAUCUUUUGAACUUUGAUGGACAAUAUAUCAGCAGCAAAGUUGCCAACUCUCGCGGUGGUAUCUUGGCUGCUGCUGAAAGUCCAAAUGCCGGACUUCCAAAUGAGCUUGACCAAUCUUUUGCCAACGUCAACUUGCUGAAUCAGCCCGGAGGUGACACUUGGCCCAUCGUUGCCAUGUCUUACAUUUACGUCCACAAGGAUCUCACUCGCCACCUUACACCUGAAUCCGCACAAUUGCUAAAGGCUUUCCUCACUGCCGUGUACACUCCCGAGUACAACGCGAUCUGCGAGCAAUCUUUUGGAUUCGUUCCCGUCACAGGAACUCUUCGUGAAAAGGCCCUCCAACAGAUUGCCAACUUGAACACCGGAGGAGGUAUCGAAUGGUUCUUUGAAUUCUCCACUGACAAGACCGGAACUGGUAUUGGUCAAGGAUCGCACACCUUCUCCGUCAAGCGUGACUCUUACAGUGAGCUUGAACAAGACAGUCUUAUUUCUCAAAUUGCUGCCUUGCAAGCUGAGAUUGCUGAAAUGAAGGCCAUGACGGGAGAUGGUCACACCCAUGAUGGCGACGAUGACACCAAUACCAACGGCGGAUCUACCACCAACGGCGGAUCUACCACCAACGGUGGAUCCACUACCAACGCCAACCGUGAAGCCGAUGCUGGAGAUGACGAAGACAUGGAAUUCGAACGUGACGACGAGCUCACUGCUGCCUUGGCCAUGGGCGCCAUCUCUAUCGCCUUGUGGGCCAUUGCUCUCGUGUUCGUCAUUGUCAAGUACGUCUUGCACAUUUGA